AUGCACAGCACCAACAUUUUCAACUUCUUCAUGCUUGCCGUCGCAGCAGCAUCUGCUGCUACCAUCAGCAAAGCGGGCGACUCCAAGGCCCUGCAGAAGGUUGCCGAGGGUAAAUGCGACAUUGGCAACACUGCCUGCUGCAACAAUGUGCACGAGGAGAAGGAUGAGAGGCUGUUCAAUUUGGUGAAGCAGGGUCUCAUCGACAUUUUGGCCGGCAAUGAGGAUUAUGCCUGUGCGAAGUCGGGCGUCAUCGAUGAGUGGAACCUCUUUUCUCUGGUCAAGCAAACCAACGAUGGUCCCGUUUGCAAGAACGUCACCGCCUGCUGCUCCAGUGGCAAGAAGGGCGACUGA